AUGAGGGUGCUCUGUGUCUUCCCUGCAGCCAUGCCCUUCAGUAACUCCCGCCCCCCCGCGUGCCUAGCCCUGGUGGCUCUCUUCUUAGCUCUCGGGCUCCAUCUCUCCCUUUCUUCCCAAACUGGGGACAGGAGACCUUUGCCUGUAGACAGAGCUCCAGGUUUGAAGGAAAAGACCUUGAUUCUACUUGAUGUGAGCACCAAGAACCCAGUCAGGACAGUCAAUGAGAACUUCCUCUCUCUGCAGCUGGAUCCGUCCAUCAUUCAUGAUGGCUGGCUCGAUUUCUUAAGCUCCAAGCGCCUGGUGACACUGGCCCGGGGACUUUCGCCCGCCUUUCUGCGCUUCGGGGGCAAAAGGACAGACUUCCUACAGUUUCAGAACCUGAGGAACCCCGCAAAAAGUCGCGGGGGCCCCGGCCCAGAUUACUAUCUCAAAAACUACGAAGAUGACAUUGUUCGAAGUGAUGUUGCCUUGGAUAAACAGAAAGGCUGCAAGAUUGCCCAGCACCCUGAUAUUAUGUUGGAGCUCCAAAGAGAGAAGGCAGCUCAGAUGCAUCUGGUUCUUCUGAAGGAGCAAUUCUCUAAUACUUACAGUAAUCUGAUAUUAACAGCCAGGUCUCUAGACAAACUUUAUAACUUUGCUGAUUGCUCUGGACUCCACCUGAUAUUUGCUCUAAAUGCACUGCGUCGUAAUCCCAAUAACUCCUGGAACAGUUCUAGUGCCUUGAGUCUGUUGAAGUACAGUGCCAGCAAAAAGUACAACAUUUCUUGGGAACUGGGUAAUGAGCCAAAUAACUAUCGGACUAUGCAUGGCCGGGCAGUAAAUGGUAGCCAGUUGGGAAAGGAUUAUAUCCAGCUGAAGAGCCUGUUGCAGCCCAUCCGGAUUUACUCCAGAGCCAGCUUGUAUGGCCCUAAUAUUGGGCGGCCCAGGAAGAACGUAAUCGCCCUCCUUGAUGGAUUCAUGAAGGUUGCAGGAAGCACAGUGGAUGCAGUUACCUGGCAACAUUGCUACAUUGAUGGCCGAGUGGUCAAGGUGAUGGACUUCCUGAAAACUCGCCUGUUAGACACACUCUCUGACCAGAUUAGGAAAAUUCAGAAAGUGGUUAAUACAUAUACUCCAGGAAAGAAGAUUUGGCUUGAAGGUGUGGUGACCACCUCAGCUGGAGGCACAAACAAUUUGUCUGAUUCCUAUGCUGCAGGAUUCCUAUGGCUGAACACUUUAGGAAUGCUGGCCAAUCAGGGUAUUGAUGUGGUAAUACGGCACUCAUUUUUUGACCAUGGAUACAAUCACCUUGUGGACCAGAAUUUCAACCCAUUGCCAGACUACUGGCUGUCUCUACUUUAUAAGCGUCUGAUCGGUCCCAAAGUCUUGGCCGUGCAUGUAGCUGGACUCCAGAGGAAGCCACGGCCAGGCCGAGUGAUCCGGGACAAGCUAAGGAUUUAUGCCCACUGCACAAACCACCAUAAGUCAGUGCAGCUCAACGGCCAGCCCUUAGUGAUGGUGGACGACGGGACCCUUCCAGAACUGAAGCCCCGGCCCCUGCGGGCUGGCCGGACACUGGUCAUCCCUCCAGUCACCAUGGGCUUCUAUGUGGUCAAGAACGUGAAUGCUUUGGCCUGCCGUUACCGAUAA